AUGCCUAUCAUAUUUCUUGUCCGCGGCGUGAAAUGGACGGUGAAGAAGGGCUACAAGAUGUACACAGACCACAAGGACGGUAAAGCAUUGGAGGAGCAGAUGAAGGAGGAGGAAGAGUUCCAGCGCGCGCAACCUCAACCGUUCAUGGAGCACUUGGCAACGCCCGGACCCUCCAGUGCCGGUAUCGACGUCGCCAUCGAACCCGCACCUGCAGAAGCAUCCACAUCUCGUGCAGCUGUGAACAUUCCAGGUGCCAUGGAAGAGCCCAUCGACGCCGAGACGCUGGCGCUGGCAAGGUCGAUCCAGCGGGAGCGCUCAAAGGCGAAUGCCAAGUCGCGCGCUAAUCAGCAAGAAGCGCCGGACGUCGGGCGCGAAACUGUUGAUGGUGACGAGCCGCCGCCGCCAGCGUACGAGGAGGCUAUCGCGACACAUGGCACCGGAUCGUCGUUGGGUGUCUCGAGCCCUGGCGGUGCUUCCUUGCGAGCGUCGCCGCGCCCAUUGCCAGUGCCAUCUCCGAGUCCGAGGAUCCCCUAA